ACAGGGCGCCACAUGGAGGAUAUCUGGAAGAACGUGGAGAGUACUUUGGAGCUUCUGGCUGUCUCACAGACUAAGUUUGUGAGUGAGUGGGAUGCACGGACCGUUGACAGAGCGUUACAGUGGGCACAAUACUGUGAACACAUAUACACGCGCUUCCAUACAAAUUCCGUCAUCAGAAAAGCGUUGGAGAAAUGCCUGCGAGAUACUAACGAACGACUGCGAAUAACGUUUGAGGGUUACCGGGAUAUGCCGUUCUCUGAUACGGCACAAUGCCGGCACAUUCUGUUAAUUACUUUAUUAAAAAAUCCUGCCACACCGAACUCUGUGAUCAAACUACUUUUUAAGAGACAUUUCGAGGCAAAUGGAGACACGGGACAAGACGACCAAAAUGCAGAUGUCGCCAGUCUCGUUCGUAUAAGGUCGGCUUGUCAAGUCUUAGGGACGGCCAAAUUCAGUAGAAACGUCCCUGGAAGUUUAGAGUUUGGAGCACAGGUACACGGUAAAAUGCUGCGACAACGUUUGGAUUCACUCCUCUCUUAUCCUGACAACGACGUUCUCGCGCGGAAUUUAUUAGAUUUUGUCCUGCAACAUAGCGGUGGAUUGGAUAACGUCUCUUACGUCAUAGCCGGUGCUGUCCUUUCGAAAAAUGACAUCAGUGGAGGGAACGUCACUGAAGACUUAAUAGUGGAUUGGCUACGAGAUCACAACGAUUUGCUCCUUAACAUGUGCCAGAGUUUGCCAGCGGGGCUUUUGGCCGAACUUAGUGAACGAUGUACAAAGUUCAGACUGGCAUAUUUAGAGAUCCUGAAAGAGUGGGCCUCACACUUGGAGUAUGAUAUCAUCAAAGAGCUUUGGCAACAGCCCCGUGAUGGCGGUGUAUCGUUUAAGACACUUGUUAACCGUUUUAGGUCCUUACUGGCCUCAAGUGCUUCUGUGAAAGCAGACACAGAGAAAGAGCUGGUCGACAUGAAAGAAGCUGAUGGUGGUUUUGAGGUGAUGGGGCUGAGUGUGUGGACGGACCUCCACCAGCAUUCACUCAAGGACUUGACACAGAGUCAAAAAGGUACCUCCUUGACUUAA